AAAAUUCUUAUCUAAUGAUUUGAUAUGUCUAAAUAUAGGAAGAUGGAGCUGUUUGCUGUGAUCCUUCUUUAUGCCUCUCAGGAGUCUUUGACUACGACAGUCAAGGUUUAUAAGGGAGAAGAAUCUAUUGUGUUGCCUUGCCAGUAUAGCAAAGAAUUAGUGGAAAUUGUCACAGUGAAAUGGGGCCGCUGUGGUCUCAGUCCUGAUACUGUCCACCAACGGCGAGAAGGAGACGAGCUACAUGAACAAAAUCAGCUUUUCAGAGGACGAACAUCAAUGAGUCCUUUUGCUCUGGACACUGGUGACUUCAGCCUCAUUCUGAAAGAACCACAACUGUCUGACAGCGGGAUCUACAGCUGCAGCAUCAUUGAUGAUAAACAAGAAACUGUGCUGUCGGACGUUCAGCUGCAAGUCAAAGAAAUCUUUCCAACCUGGGCCGUAGUUCUGCUGGUUCUGCUGGUUCUUCUUGCUGUUUCUGGAGGCCUUUUAUUUCAUUUCAGACAAUAUUUAAUAUCAGUCUACAAGGUGGAGGUGGAUUCGGGAGUGGAGUCUGUUCUGCUGCCCUUUAAAACUACAGUCAGUCUGCCUGAGGAAGUCACAGUAAUGUGGAGAAACAACAGAAACAGGAUGGUCCACAGUAAUCGCUACAAAGACUAUCAACACAAGCAGUUUAUAAACAGAACAGAGAUGAAGAUAAAUUAUAAAUCUAGAGACUUCAGUCUGACCCUGAAGAACCCCACAGACAGAGACUCAGGAACCUACAGCUGCACCGUCUACAGGUCAGGAAGGAUCCUGGCUAAGAAACAAGUGCUGCUCAAGGUCAAAGCUGACUCUCUGAUCAUGGCCAUAGACUUUGGUUCAGGAUACAGCGGCUACGCCUUCAAUCUAAAACCCAGAGAGGAAGGAGGUGAGACCCAGUUAAAGAGAUGGGGUAAAGAACUUGGACUGGACUCCCCAAAGACUCCAACCUGCAUCCUGUUUGAUGAAGAUGAACAAUUCCUGGAGUUUGGUUAUGAAGCUAAAACAGCGUACAGCAACAUGAGACGAGAAGAAGCUGAAAAACAUUAUUUCUUUGAAGACUUCAAGAGGAAAAUUCUGAACACAGUGAGUAACAUUAAAGAUCUGCAGCCAGAGCUUCUUCUGCCUUGGAUCCUGCUGUGUCCUCUAUCCCUGCUCUUCACCACGCUCAGAAACUAUCCAUCCCCGCAGAAAUACGGAGGAGGCGGAGAGGAUGUCGGGGCGGGAGGACGAAGCGGAGGAAAGGUUAUUUACCAUCGGUUGUCACCGACGUGGUUAGAUGGAUCUGUAUUGGACUCAGUGGUCUCUCUGGACGGCUUUAAACUCAUCCGCAUGGACAGAACUUUUGCGGAGAGCGGAAAAAAGAGAGGAGGGGGGCUGGCGGUGUUUGUGAAUGAGAGGUGGUGUAACGUGGCGCAUGUUCACGUGAAGCAGCAGAUAUGCUGCUCGGAUGUCGAAAUUCUGGCAUAUGUCACGUGUGCAACAAGCGACAGUAAAACGCUGGACCUUUUCUAUGCCAAUGUUAAAGACGCCUACACCUCCGCCUCCCUCCCCCCACUGGGACGCUUGGACCACAACCUCGUCUACCUGCUCCCCCACUACAUCCCACUGGUGUUCAGGGUUGACUGUUGGGCGGAGCACGCACACCUGCGGGCAGUUGAGCAGCACCGGGCCCCGGUUCACUCCCUGAGCUCAGACGUCUCCUCUCGUGCUCCUGCGAGUUCUCCCGUGCUCCCGUGA